CUAACAACCUAGCCUACCUUUCUUCCUCCUUCUCUUCCUUUACCCCUCCCUCUCCUUCUUCCACUUUCCCACACCCACACUUCACCCACACACUAACCAAAUCCCACCAUCCCACUAUCCCACUACCACCACCACUACUACUACCACCACCCCCCUGUCACUUGUCGCCGAUUGCUCCGAUAUUAGUCUCGCUCCUGUUGGUGGCUUAUUACUUCUACUCCUAGUCAGACCAACUAAGAAGGUGUUCAGUCCUCCUAGUCGACUAUCGCAUCCAUAGUGGGGCCGAGUCAGACAGCACCAAAAUAUAUGGCAUAAACAGCCACCGGCAAAGCAUUCAUCUCUUCCCGGCUGCGACACAUCCUGAAGAUGAACAUGCGUCCGGAACAACCUAGUGGACCGUGGGAUAGACGAUCAUGAACAACGACACGCGCCAAGCCUCCGGGGGCGCCAGUAAGUCCAAACGACGUCUAACUGAGGCCGACGAGGAGGGCAAGCAGACCCCGGCCGCAGACGAUCUCGCCUCCAAUCCCAAACGCCAACGGGUUUCACGCGCCUGCGACAGCUGUCGCUCCAAGAAGGACAAAUGUGACGGGGUGCAACCCGUUUGUUCGACCUGUGCCUCGCUCUCGCGCCCAUGUACCUACAAGGCUAAUCCCAAGAAACGCGGCCUCCCGACCGGUUACAUCCGCACCCUCGAGCUGCUAUGGGGGCUUGUCUUCAACAAAAUCCAGGGGAGUGAGGAGGUGGUGCGCGCUCUGUUAAGGGCCGCGAAUAUCCCCAGCCACCUCGCGACCAUGGGCAAGGAGGCCGAAGGGUCCGACACACUGCUCUCCUCAUGGAAAAACAGUAUUGUCCUCAAGGAGAUCGAGCGGCUCCUGACCUAUUUGGAGCAACCAGAAGAUGAUCCGGGCGGGGUCCGACUCCCCGGGGAGACGUACUCGCCGCAGGAUGCCGAAGGUAGCAGCGUCAUCUCAUCCGAUGCGCUCGAAUGGCAUCUCUCGGACGUCUUGCCAGAAGCGCGCGAAGGCUCUCUGACCGUGGUCUCUCCGAUCAAGACCCCGACAGCGGCAUCAGCCAUUGCGAGGAGCGCCGCCAUCCGUGUCACCCGAGACACUUCCACGCAGACCACCUUUUCAGCAGAUACCAUCGACGAGCUAUCCAAUCCCUCUCUUGCUCGUUUGCCCUCCCACAUACCCUCCACCUCCGACCCUGCCAUGCCGAAACCCCCCCAGCUGCCCUCAAAUGCAUGGCCUCUUUUCGACAUCUACUUCACCUAUACACACUGUUGGUUUCCGAUUCUUGAAAAACACGAUAUCCUUCGAACGGCUUUUCGACACAAUGACGAUGACGAUGUUUAUGUUUCACCUACCGCUCCAGGCUCAGGAGACCAUGCCGCUUUAUGGGCGGUGUUAACUCUCGCCUCUAUCCAAGAAGCAUCGAUAUCCGCCACCCGUCAGCUGACAGAGUUCUCUGCUGAACGACCCGACCCAAGCCACCUGUAUGCGACGGCAAAAAGUCUCAUCCCGGGCGCAGAUGGGGUCCACGAGCUAGGACAUGUCCAGGCCCUCCUGAUUUUGUCCCUGGUCAAGAUUGGGCAGCAGGACUGGACAGCUGCGUGGUUGCUGGUGGGACAGGCUGUGCGGGUUUCGCAGGCUCUUGGCUUGAACCAGCCAGCUACCGGGCAGCCCAAGACCACUGAAGACGGGAAAAGUGCUGCACGAUCCAAGCAUGUGUUCCUUGGCUGUUUCAUCCUGGAGACGCUCGUUGCUAUGCAGACAGGCCAGGUGCCGUCGCUGCGCAAAGACGAACUCUUGAGGAUUGGGCCGGUCAACGAGGACGGGCUGGAAGAAUGGCAUCCGUGGGAAGACCAGACCGGUCUGCGCCCGGUUGAAUCGUCGCGGGCCUCGUUUCAUCGCGGCCCCCUUCAUGCCUUGAGUGCAUUCAAUCGCCUCACUUCGCUGAUGUGCAUCCUGAAUGAUUUGUGCUGCCUGAAGCAGACAUCGGCAGGCCCGAUAUCGCAUCUGGAGGCGUUGGAGCGCCAGCUACAGCUCUGGGUGUCUGCCCUGCCGAAGACGUAUCGUGUCGGGACUGCGCCGAACCAGUCAAAGAUUUCUUCGCCGCAUAUUUUCGCGCUCGAGAUGGUAUACGAGAGCGUCGCUACCAACCUCAGUCUGCAGAUCGCAUCUCAGCGAGACGACCGUAUGGUCCCUGACCUGCCGAUGAAGAAGCGAGCUGUGGAAAGCUCCAAGCGGCUGUUGUCGCUGCUCCAGACAUACAUGGAGACCUACAGCUUGUCGGCUACGUGCCCUACCUUUGGCAUGAUCCUGACAUUUGCCGCAUUCCCGGCAUCAGAGAGCUCCAACGCAUCGCCACCUUUUGAACUCGACCCGGGCUUGAAACAUAAACUCCAGACGUAUUCUGCGCAUCUUGCUACAGUCUGGAAUGUGAAAGGAAGAGAGUCGGGAGGGACUGUACCGCUUGAACGAGCGCUUGACGUGCCUACCCCUGUUGAUCCCGUCGCGAGCCGACCAAGGAGUGCAUCGAACAGAGAGUCGGUCUCCCACAAUGCUUUCCCACCAUCCACCCUACAAACGCCCACAGAAGCUGCCCGCCGAGUAAGCUCCAUGGAUGAACCCCGGUCCAACUUCGCCACCCCAGACGCCUUUUUCUCUCAUACCUGGAUGAGAACGCCCAACCUUGAAGAGAAUGUUGCUCUAUCGAUACCCACACCAGCGCCGUCGCUGAAUAUCGCCCCCCAUGGCACCGAGCCGCCACUGCCCCCAUCUCAACUCAAAGAAUCGAUGACACACAACCCGCGCCCCUCCAUCUCCUCUUCCAAGCCUAUGAACAGCACACCCAUGAUACCCGACCUGACCUCGUCAUUCCACCCCAGCGGCCCUCCGUACCAGCAACCAUACAGCGACCCAAAUCUUGCCUUCGGCUCUUUCGUGGAUAUCGACGGAUACGGGCCGCGACGACCCAAGAUUGCGCCUGACCUGGAUGCAUUGUUCGAUGAGUUAGCGUCGCUGGACGGGACCGAGAAAACCGAUAACCAGCCCGAGUUCAUGCAAAACCUGGGGUUUGUCCCGGACGCAGGGGUUCCGGAGAUAUACUCGUAUUCGACGCAGGUGGAACCGUUUCUGCUGGCUCAGACGCAGCAGCAAGUGCCGUGUCCGGAGCCGGGGGUCGUACGACGGGAGUCUCAGGCGGUUGAGCCUGCGAAGCGAUGAUGCGGGUGCCCGGGUGCCGGUCUUGGAGGCUACAAGACGAUGAGGAUGAGACGCAGACGGGUUUAUGAGAUGCUCAAUCUGUGGAGCAAACGCUGC